GGGGUCACCUUUUGUGCAAAUAUAUCAACCAAGUAAGACUACCGCCAGCAUCAGAUUUCUGAGUGUACGGUUGUGUGUGUGCGUGCGCGCGAGAGCUGCACUCAUUUUGCGGAGAGAUCCAGAAAGCGGUGAAGCAUUGAAAGAAGAGAAAGACCUGCUGCUGUGCCACAUUUCCACACUUUACAACCAAAGAAAAAAAGAAGAAAAAAACCACAGUGAAUACUUUUCAUUGAAAAAGUUGAAGAAGACCAUGGACGGGAUGAUAUUCGGACGCACGUCGCUGCUGUGCACCUUGCUCCUUUGGACUUUUCAAGUUUGCAGUGGGGGUGUUGUUGUGGAUGUGGCUAGACAAGUGGAGGUGAUGAAAGGAGAGACUGCCAAACUGCCCUGCAAAUACACUGGCUCAGACUCACCCAACACCAUUGUUGAAUGGUUCAUUGAGGACCAGGGAACCAGGACUCGUGUGGCUUUCCACUCCAAGUCUGGGGAGGAAAAAAGUGAUGAGGGCACUACUCUGUCUGGCCGAGUCACUAUUGGAGCGGACUUCACUUUGACCAUCACCGAUGUUAAACCCUCAGACGAGCUUGUCUUCCACUGCCAAGUUACUGCUGGUGCUCAGGGAGUUGGAGAUGGCUCCACUGUGCUCAAAGUCUUCUUUGCUCCUGAGAAGCCAGAACUCACAAAGCCAUCAACUCAAUCCAUUUCAGUGGGCGAGUCUACUAGCUCAGAGAUUGGCACCUGUGUGACGAUGAACGGACACCCCCAGCCAAGAAUCGUCUGGUUCAAAAACGACAAACCUAUUCCUGAAGACAAAGACAGAAGCAAGGAAACCUACAUGGUUCCCUCUGUGGUGAAGGAGGCCUCCGGUCUCUAUACCAUUAAGAGCGUCCUGUAUAUGCGGCCCACCAAGGCAGACAAGGACUCUGUGUUCCAGUGUAUUGUGGAGUACAUGAUGCCAAAAACAGGAAUCAAUCAAAAGAAGUCUGACACCAUCAAAAUCAACCUCAACUAUCCCUCAGAGAAAGCAACUUUUACUCUACUCAACACUCACCCAGUCAAGGAGGGUGACACUGUCGAGAUGAAAUGUGAGACUGAUGGAAACCCCCAACCCGAGUUUGAAUUCUCUAAAGGUAGCAAGCCUAUCAAUGGUCAGGGUGGUCUAGUCACACUGAAAUCUGUCAAGCGUGAAGCUUCUGGUGAGUACCGAUGCAACGCCCUAGACUUCGAUAACCUGGAUGCCGAUCUGACAGGAACCAUCAACCUCAAUGUCAACUACAUUGAUCCCGUGAGCAUAACUCCAGAGCAAUCUCAAGUUGUCGGGAUUGGGAAGCAGGUUGAGUGGCAGUGUAGGGUCCAUGCAUCUGCCACGGCAACAGUUCAGUGGAAAAAGGGCUCUGUGGUGCUCGCUGGAGGCAGUUCUCUAUCCUUACAAGAAGUUACCUAUAAAGAUGCUGGAGAGUAUGUGUGUGUUGGAUCGGUUCCAUCUGUGCCAGGACUCACAGCCCAACGUAGUGUCAACCUCACUGUUGAAGGAAAACCAAAGAUCAAGGCUCCCGCUCCUGGAGAGGUGAGGAAGGAAGGAGACAUGGUGACUCUCAAGUGCUCGGCUUAUGGUUUCCCUGCUCCCCAGUUCACCUGGACGCCCCCAGGAAAAGAGUCCAUUUCAGUGGAAGAUAACAUGGUGGUGAGCACUGUAACCCUACAAGCCACAGCUGAUAUCAUGAUGAGUGGAGUAAUCUGUGAGGUCUCCAACAAGCAUGGAAAAGAUAGCGAGACCUUCCCCAUAUCUCUCAAAAGAGCAAUUGACAACUCAGCCGAAGUGCUGCUCUCUGGAAACCCUGUACUAAAGUCAGCUGACAAGCAGCAAGGAGGCUCCAGCGGGGUGGUGGUAGCCGUGGUGGUGUGUGUUCUGCUGCUCCUGCUGCUGGUGGCCCUCAUCUACUUCCUAAGCAAGAAGAACAAUCUGCCCUGCAGCAAGAAGGACAAGAAGGAAGUAUCCACCACGGAUCGAAGUGAAAACAUUGUGGUGGAGAUGAAGACUGACAAGGCCAAUGAAGAGGCUGGUCUCCUUAACAAAAAAGUGCCCGCAGAACAGUGAUAAAACCAGACGAUGGAACUGAGAGCGAUGAAAGGAAGAGGACAACAAUGGUUUUAAAAAACAGGGCUGAUUUUUUUUUUUUUUUUAAUUGGAUUAGACUGAAGGGAGAACAUGAGGGGUGCAGGGAGAUGGAUUUAUGUUGGUGGCUUUAAGGUACGCAUCAUGCUCGUGCUUGUUUUAUAACCUCUAUUAGACCAGCUGGUUGGAGAUUCUUUCUCUUUUUAAUAAAGAGAAUUCUUAAAAACUCCAUCCAUCUCAGGCUAUUACAGGUUUUAAAAUGACAAGUGCAAAAGCAAAAGGCAGCAUCACUGGAAGACAUGAACACAGCCUUUCUUCUUCUUUUUCUAAUCAAAUUUGUGGUAGACUCUUCUGCAGAACAGAGCCGUAAAAUGAAGCCUGACUGGCAAAAAUGUCAAAGCAAAGGCUGACUCUUUUUCAUGUAUCCCAAGUGCAACACAAAGUGUUGUUUUUGGCUUUUUGUUUGUUUGUUGUAUUAGCAUUCAAGUAUUACACUGAACCUCUUGUCUGUUUUGGAGUCUGCACUAAAAUUCUUUCCACUGAAAAUAAUAUCAGGCUGUUGUUCAGAUUGACUCACCUCAGUAGAUGAUUUGAGCUCUCACCAUUUAGUUCUUUAUGCACGCUGUACAGCGAUAAAACUUUUUCUCAGAGCUCAAUUUUAUUUUCUUUUGCUUAAUAGUGACUUUGAUUGAUUUUUGCUACUUGUAAAAGUUUUUAUAUACAUAUAUAUAUAUAUAUAUAUGUAUAUAUAUAUAUGUAUUUCUUUUCAAAUAUCCCUAAGUAGCUUUCAGCAGAAACAAGCAAGGUAUUCAGUAACACCCUUCUCUGACAUUGCUUGCUUUUUUUCCCCUUUUAUUCAAAGCCACCAGACACACAAGUGUUUUUGGUUGUAUACAUUUUUUCUAGCCAUUUUUCAGCGCACAUGUACAUUUGCUUGUUUGUCUUUGCUCUCCUAUUUUCUCUGUAAAUUCAAAUAUUGGUUUCCUUGUCGAUCAAGCACGAGGAGCUGAGCGUGAUGCUGAGUCCAAAGGUGGCUGUGAUUACUCACCUGUUGGCCAUAAUUGCUACUAUUUCUUAUAGAGUCGUGAUGCAAAUUUUUCAGAUCUCCAUUCUGGGAUGAAACCAGGAGUGGGACUGAAAAUGGAGAAACCACUCUCAUAGACCCAUUACCACCAGCUUUCACCGGAAAAUUGGUGGUGUUUGGUGAAAGAGCUGACAAUCUCAAACUGUAGCCUGCUGUGAUGUUGUUUUCCCAUUACAACAAAUUGGUUCUUUCAGCGGCAGCAGUGCAGUAGUCACAGAUCCACCUGUUAGGAGUAAUCUCUGGCACAGGUUUGCUCUUCUUUGGAACAAGCUGGGAAGGGAGGGUUUGGGAGGGAUCUGGGUUUUUGGCUGGAGUUUGUAGGGUAUCGCUUUUGUUUUUUUACCAAAUAAAAGGUUUUGAGUGUCACAGCAGCAACGUUUCUGUGUUUGGGAGCACAAUCCUGCCAUGUUUGUUUCUCCUUUACAUUUUACAUACACCAAAAUAAGGUCUGUUAGCAGGCUGAUGUGCCAUUUUUACUUUCUUGUACACUGGAAACAAUGGCCUUGAUGUUCUUUUUUUUUUAAAAAAGGUCAACUAAAACCCCAUCUGAGCCCACAAGGCUUUUUUUUUCUGUGAUUGCUGAAAUUGCCAUAAACAUGCGGAUUGUUAGCUGACUUGUGAUGGCAGGUAAAGAUGGAUAAGUGAACUUGUAGACCUGCUUUUUACAUGUUUUAUAUAAUAAUAUUGUGGUAUAAACUUUGUUUUUUUUAGCAUGGGGAGCUUUCAUUUUGGAACUACUGAGUUUUCUUUUUCCAUUCUUUUCCACUCACUGAGAGAAGAGAGAAUUGUUUAUUUUAGAUUCUUUUUUUACGAGAUGUUGUCAGUGCUUUACUUUUCUCUUGUUAAUGUAUACUGUAUAUUUUGUGGUACACUGUUUGUGACCUCUGUGGUGUGUUGAUGUAUCUUUUUAUGAGCUGUGUAGGAUUUCUAAUGAAAAGAAAAACUCAAGAAAACCAAUCACACCCCA